AUGAUCAAAGUAGAAGUUUUUUUUUCUCUCUGUAAUUUCCUUUUUUCUCUCUCUCUCUUUUAUUGUAAUCGGCAAAUGAUUGCUUAUGUACAACUAUAUCUUCGUGACACGAUUAUUACUUGUUUAAUGGGCAUUUUCUUUGCUUAUCUGCACCGACACUUCAAUCGACUUGACAAAUGGAAUUUGCAUGUCACGCUCAAAUCUAAACAUUUUUUUCUUAAAUUCAGGCGUUUUCUUUCGUUUUCCUUUCUUUUCUUUUUCUUUCUUUUCUUUUUCAUUUCUUUUCAUUUCUCUUCUUUUUUUCUUUCCUUUUUUUUUCUUGCUUUUCUUUUCCUUCCCUUUUCUUUUCCUUUCUUUUCUUUUUCUUUUCUUUUCCCUUCUUUUUCUUUUCUUUUUUUCUUGCUUUUCUUUUCCUUUCCUUUUCUUUUCCUUUCUUUUCUUUUUCUUUUCUUUUCCCUUCUUUUUCUUUUCUUUUUUCUUGCUUUUCUUUGCCUUUCCUUUUUUUCCUUUCUUUUCUUUUCUUUUCUUUUUCUUGCUUUUCUUUUCCUUUUCUUUUCUUUUCUUUUUCUCUCUUUUUUCUUUUCUUUCAUUUUCCUUUCCUUUUCUUUUUCUUUCUUUUCUUUUUCUUUCCCUUUUCUUUUCUUUAUCUUUCUUUUUUCUUUUCUUUCUUUUUCUUUUUCUUUCUUUUCUUUUUCAUUUCAUUUCCUUUCGCUUCUUUUCUUUUUUCUUGCUUUUCUUUUCCUUUCUUUUCUUUUUCUUUUCUUUUCCCUUCUUUUUCUUUUCUUUUUUCUUGCUUUUCUUUCAUUCCCUUUCCUUUCUUUUCCUUUUCUUCUCUUUUCUUUUCUCUUUUCUUGCUUUUUCCUUUCCUGUUCCUUUCUUUUCUUUUUCAUUUCUUUUCUUUUCCUUUCUUUUUUCUUUUCGUUUUCCUUGCUUUUCUUUUACUUUUCAUAUUCUUAUCUUUUCUUUUCUUCACUUUUAUAUUUUUUCUUUUUCUAUUCUUUUCCUAUCCUUUUUGUUUCUUUAUUCAUUUUAUUUAUGUCAUUUUUCUACGUACCUUUCAGAGGGAACACUGUCAGGAUGAGCUCUUAG